CUUGUCCUAUUUUUGCUGCUAUUUGCAAGCUGCUGCGCAGAGCAUAGCAUAACAGAGCACACCAACACCAACAUCAACAUUCUCAUUCUCUCUCUUUUUUCUUUCAGUUUUGGCUUUGAUCUUUCAAGUUCAAUGGCUGGAGAUAUAGGGAGAGCCUUGCCUCCUCCUGAUUCAGAAGAAUUCUCAACCUUGUUCAACCAACUCCUCCACAAUUCUCCCCCACUAGGAAUGGACCCCAAUCAUUCACCUUCUGAUUUCACCCCACACAACACCACCAUCAACAUCAACAGCAACAACAACAACAACACUGUUCCUUCCUCUCCCUCAAAUUUCAAUUUCUCUGACCCCCAUCAUUACAUCCCUGCCUCUGAUGCCACCACCUUCAAGCAACACAACAUCAACCACAACAACAAUCACACCCCUGAUUUCACUUCUUCUCAUGUUGAGAAGAGUGUGGAGGCAUCGAAACCUGUCCCACCACCACGUUCUUCGUCAAAGAGGAGUAGAGCUGCAGAGUUCCAUAAUUUGUCUGAAAAGAGAAGGAGGAGUAGGAUUAACGAGAAAAUGAAAGCCUUACAGAAUUUAAUUCCAAAUUCCAACAAGACAGACAAAGCUUCAAUGCUAGAUGAGGCCAUAGAAUAUUUAAAGCAGCUCCAGCUUCAAGUGCAAAUGUUAAUGAUGAGAAAUGGUUUGAGCUUGCAUCCAAUGUCUUUGCCAGGAGGACUAAGACCUAUGAUAAUGCCUCAGACUGGAUUGAAUCUUGAUGGGAGUAAUGGAUUUCAGAAUUCUACCUGUGCAAUUGCCUCAUCUUCAAAUGAUGAAAGCUUGGUGCGGCAUGCCUUUAGUUUUCCAAAGCAAUGCAGCAUCUCAAAUAAGUCUAUUGGUGUACCCUCCGUGAAAAACAUAGCAACUUCGGAUACCUCAUCCACUUUUCAUCCCUCUAUUAAGGAUGCACUCUACGGCAACAUGCCACAACCGUUUAUGGAUACAACAAAGAUUGGAAAACCCUCUCCAGACGUGUCUUAAACAGCUCGAUUUCAUUGAGGGAGAAAAGAAUUUUUUAGAUGGCAAGUCGCCUCGUAAAAGGGUAGCUUUGUUCAGGCAUUAUAAUCUACAUUUAAAUCUGCUGACUAUAUGACACUCCAUUGGGUUGUUCCUGGUGCAGUUUAAUUUGUAGCAGUUUGACAGAGUCUUUGUGCCAUUGUUGACACUUGCAUAAAAAUGUACAAGUAUUUUAUAACUUCAUCAAUUGCAAAAUGCAGCUAAUGAACAUUCUGCAACA